GCAAAACCAGAUUUAUUGGUUGAUGGAGUUGGCUUUAGGGGUAGAAGACGCAGCUGACUGGGUUUACAGAGGCGAAGGAGCUGAAAAUCUUGUUCUAGCCUAUACUGGAUUUUCUCCUGCUUUUAUUGGGAAAGUGAUGCGCAUAAGUAAGGCUCGCAAGAGUGGCUCAAAGGUGGUAAAGGGUGCCGCGGCUUUGACUGAACAUGAACGUCUCCUGUGGAAAGAUAUAGAUGAGCUUAUAUUUUCUUCAAGCAAAGAAGCUGUAGGGAAGCUAUUUGUCCAGCAUGUUAUGAAGCCAUUGUUAGGACCCCAGUACGUCGAUCCAGGGAUGAAUGUUCCAGUGUCCAGAGAAUUCCUUGAAUCUGUUGAGAAGAAUUUUAUUUGUCAGCGUCCAGCUUUCCGAGUUGAUACUGCCCAAAUUGAUAUGCAUUCUGAUUCUGUGCUUCUCAUGUCUGAUCACUCACUCUUCCCUCAUGGUAGCCUGGAAGUUAGCCCUUGCAUUUCUGUUGAAAUAAAGCCUAAAUGUGGAUUCCUGCCUCUUUCAAGAUUCAUAUCAGACGAAACAGCAAUCAAAAAGAGUGUAACUCGAUUCAAAAUGCACCAAGUCCUGAAAUUGCAACAAGGAGAGAUAUCAGAGCUUAGUCAAUAUGAUCCUCUUGAUUUAUUCUCUGGAUCCAAGGAAAGAAUCCAGAAGGCUAUGAAGGAUCUCUUUACUACCCCUCAAAACAAUUUUCGUGUAUUUUUGAACGGAUCUCUCAUAUUUGGAGGGCUAGGAGGUGGUGCACCAACUACAAAUUUCCUAAUUGCAAAAACAUUUGAAGAUGCACUUAAAUCUGUGAUUCAAGCAGAAGAUGGUCUAUACACUGAGAAGUUUUUAGAUCUAGUUGCUGAGAGCUUGCACAAAUCAGAGGCCCUCGAUCGGCUUUUGAAGAUUCAGAAGUUUGAUAAUCUUGACAUAGAGGGAGCAAUCCAUGCAUAUUAUAACAUAACUUCUCAACAGUGCAUGGCAUGUGAAGAAUUGAAUGAACAACAGUUAAACAGAUAUGCCUCUUUGCAUUCUGCUUCCUUGGAGGAAAGCUUGAGAACUUUAAAGGAUUACCUGAUAGCUGCAACUGCGAAGGACUGCAGUUUAAUUAUUUGUUUUAGACCAAGUAAAGAGGGGUACUUAACAUCUGUAUGCGAUCAUGUAUGUGUUCAGUCAACUAAGCAAACUUUUGAUGUCAAGGUAUCUUACAUUGACCUGGAUUUGAAGCCUUUGAAUAAAAUGGAAUAUUAUUACAAAUUAGAUAAGAAGAUUGUGAGCUUCUACAGACAAAUGGCUGAAAUGAAUCAAGAGAUGAAGCCCCCAACUCUGUAGACAUGUAAAACUCCAAAUUGAGUAGUGUUAUAGAUGGCACCUGAUGAAGAUUGUCUUGUUGUUGGCACCUUUAUGGGCAGCGUUUUCUUGGCCCUUCAGUCGCGAGAUUUGAGAAUUUAUGACAUCACAAUUGCAAUUACCAUUCUGAUGCUAUGUGCUCCAACAAUAAUCUUAGAUUUCAUGGGAAAUCCGGUCAUAAAUAUCUAAUGUGCAUUAAUGACUGGGUACCUACCAUCACUGUCGCGUCAUUUAGUAUGCAACCAAAAGAGUGAGGAAAGGAUGCCCAUUGAAAAAUCAAGAGAUCAUAAAUCAUAAUUGAGAAAGCAAGUCUCGUGCCUUCCCUGUUUCUUGCUUUGUUCUGGCCUAGGAAUUAGAGACUCUCAAAUCAUGUCCAAGAAGACGGUGGUAUCAGUAGAACUUGCGUGUUCCAGAUGCAGGCAGAAGGUGAUGAAAUUAAUUGCAACCAUUGAAGGAAUUACUUCGAUUGUGCUGGAUCCGGCCAAAAACACAGUGACAGUGAUUGGGGAAGCUGAUCCCGUGAGGAUCAUCAAGAGUGUGAGAAAAUUCAGGAAAUCAGCAGCAAUUGUGAGUAUUGGUCCUUCCAAAGAAGAGAAGAAGAAGAAGAGAAGAAGGAAGAAAAGAAAGAGGAGAAAAAGGGUACCACCACUGAGGCUCCGAGAAUAUGCCACAGAUGCGAUGUAUGGUAUGUGAUUCCCGAAGAUCAUUAUAGCUACUGUUCCAUUAUGUAACUAAUUUUCUUAUUCAGGUGCUGUUUUGUGCAAUUAUUAAAUCUUCUAAACAAAAUUAACAGAUCGAAUUCGUUAGUUUGGUACAUGGGUUUCAAUUUUGAUAGUUUGGGAAUGGGAUUGGAUGUGGACGUGGGAUUAGAAAUGGGACUGAACUUUAAAAUUAUGUUUGGUAUGGAGUAAUAUUUAAAGGGAAUGAUUGGAUUAAUUUUAUUUUAAAAUUAAUUAUAAAA